AUGAUAAAUUUUAUUUUUUCUUGCGCAUUAUGUUUCCUCGGAAAUCUCUGAACAUUUUUUUUAUUGUUCCUGUACCGGCUAUUUGCUGAAGAUACAGUGUAGGCUGCGACGCUGAAAACCCUAGCUCCAGUCUUCGUCCACCGGCACCGGCACCGGCACAGGCACGGGCACGGGCACGGGCACGGGCACGGGCACCAGCACCACCACCGCAACGGCAGCUACGGCUACGGCAGCUACCGCUACGGCGAAGACUCCCCCUCUCGUUCCUUCAACCAGCAGCGGUGAAGAUGAAGGUGGUGGCACUGGUAAGCGGCGGCAAGGACAGCUGCUACGCUAUGAUGAAAUGCAUUCAGUACGGCCAUGAGAUUGUUGCAGUGGCAAAUUUGAUGCCAUCUGAUGACUUCGUGGACGAGCUCAAUAGCUACAUGUAUCAAACCGUUGGGCACCAAAUAGUCAUCAGCUAUGCAAAAUGUAUGGGGUUGCCACUGUUCCGAAGACGAAUACAAGGAUCCACAAGGCAUCAGAACCUUAGCUACAGAAUUACUCCAGGUGAUGAAGUUGAAGAUAUGUUCAUCUUGUUAAAUGAAGUAAAGCGACAGAUACCUUCUAUAACUGCGGUGUGUUCUGGUGCAAUUGCAUCUGACUAUCAAAGGCUACGGGUGGAAAGUGUUUGUUCAAGGUUAGGGCUUAUUUCUCUGGCAUAUUUAUGGAAACGAGAUCAAUCAUUGCUCCUUCAAGAAAUGGUGAAUAAUGGGAUUGUGGCUAUCACAGUGAAGGUUGCAGCUAUGGGUUUGGACCCGGCCAAGCACUUGGGCAAAGAAAUGGUGUACUUGAUGCCCUAUUUGCAUAAGUUGAAACAGCUCUAUGGAAUAAAUGUCUGCGGUGAAGGAGGUGAAUAUGAAACACUAACCCUUGACUGUCCCCUUUUCAAAAAUGCCCGAAUUGUGCUUGAUGAGUUUCAAGUUGUAUUGCACUCUUCCGAUUCCAUAGCUCCUGUUGGAGUCCUCCAUCCCUUGGAUUUUCAUUUAGAAAAUAAGGAGUUUGUAUCAACAAGUGGUGGUGGAAGCAGUGAUGGUUGCACAACCAAUGAUGUCAGCCUGGAGAUGGAUUCUGUUUGUGAAGUGCAAGGGGACUGCCUAAAACGAUGUGGAGCCAAGUGUGAAUCUUUGGAUUCAACUUCUGUUUCAGUUGAAGCUGCAGAAUAUAAAUUUUGCAUUUCAAGAACGAGAGGGGAUAAUGUAUUUUCCAUUUGUUGUUGGUUGCCAAAUUCAUGCAAAACUUCAGCAGCAGGUUUGCAAGAAGAUCUGAACAUUGUUUUGAAGAAAAUUGAAUUACAACUCAUAGAUGGUGGUUUUGGUUGGAAGAAUGUCCUUUACAUUCAUCUGUACAUUGCUGACAUGAAUGAGUUUGCAUUGGCGAAUGAAACAUAUGUGGGAUUUAUUACUCAGGAAAAGUGCCUCUUUGGCGUUCCAUCUCGUAGUACAAUUGAGCUGCCUCUGCUACAAGUGGGCUUAGGGAGGGCUUAUGUUGAAGUUUUAGUGGCAAGUGAUCAGAGCAAAAGAGUUCUACAUGUGCAAAGUAUUUCCUGCUGGGCACCCAGUUGCAUUGGACCAUACAGCCAGGCAACCUUGCACAAGGAGAUACUUCACAUGGCAGGACAACUGGGGCUUGAUCCCCCCACAAUGGCUCUCUGCAAUGGAGGCCCCACUGCUGAGUUGAGGCAAGCACUGGAAAACAGUGAAGCAGUGGCAAAAUGCUUUAACUGCUCAAUAUCUACCUCUGCUAUUCUGUUUCUGAUUUACUGUUCAACACAUGUUCCAUUAUCAGAAAGAACCAAAAUUCAGGAGCAGCAGGACGUGUUACUUGAGCAAAUGAGGUUACUCCACUCAGACAGGGGAAGCAUGUCUAAAAUGCUCAUUCCCAUAUGUUUAUAUGUCCUUGUGCCUGAUCUUCCAAAAAGAGCAUUUGUAGAAGCAAAACCAAUCCUUUAUGUGGAGCAAGAUAUGGAAAUAUCAUCUGAAACUAUUGAAGACCUUCCUUUCAAGGCACAAAGCUAUUGGGGUUUUCAGCAAGCACACUGGCAUGAAUCUUGCUUUCAAAAGUGUGUCGUUCAUAGGAAAAUAUGUGCAGUUUGCCUGUAUAUUUCAAAUGAACUUGCAUUGAAGAUCUGUUCUGAGCUUGUUGCUGCCGACCAGAAGAGUGGUUAUUGCCAAAAUGUUGUUACACAGGUUCAAAUGGACAGGAUAGCAAGGUUUUGCAUUUAUCUUCUUGACAAAAUCCUUACAGAAAAUGAAUUCUCUUGGGAAGAUGCAAUGAAUUUGAGGAUCUACUUCCCAACAACCCUUUCCAUGCCACUAGAAGCAUUGUCUUCCAUUUUUGCUGAUGCAUUUCGAGAAUUUGCUGACAUGAGUAAGAAAGUUAAAUUUGGUGAGGAUCCAUUCUUCAACCUGGUUCCCGUCUUGGGGGCUGGGAGGUCUUCUGCAGCCAUGGAUGAUAUAGUCACCUGUGAACUGUUGGCACAGAAAGUCUAGAGGAUGGCCAUUGCCUCGCCUGCAUUGUGGCAUUUAUUUGUUGCACUAGGUCACCACAGAGAAAAGCAAUUAAAAAAACCACGAAGGUUCUGAAAAAUCCCACAAUAGGGUCAUAGCAUUUGAUUUUAUUUAUGUCUGUAUUUUGUUUCUUUUUUUCAAUUCCUUCUAACCACCUUAAUUUUUGCCCAAUGCUCAUUUUUAUGAAUGCACAGCCAAUCUUUUUAUUGCGAAAUUGAAUAAGAAAAUUUGGGAAUGUUAUAUGCAA